AUGAAGAGAAGUUAUCCUUCUGGAAGCGAUAAACGAAAGCGCAAAAAAGAGGAAGACGAGAAAAGAAAGCAUGAUAGCGGAUUGCUAAGAAAAUGUUUAGUUCCCUCAUCUUCUUCAAAUCAGGAACAUGCUUCUAGUUCUCAGUCUGCCGCUACACACACUACUACAGUCCCAAGUACUGCCACGCCAAGGUUUACUGCCCCCUCAAGCUCUACAGCCCUGGACAGCAGCGCUUCCUCCAGUGAGCAGCAGUCAGCUAUAUCCCGUACUGCAAUGGUCAACAUUUCGUCGCCUACCUCCAUUGACCAAGAGGACCAAACAGAACCACAAGCACCCACUCCAGCUCAAACGACAUCCACAGACCAAGAAAAAGCAACACCAAUAAGAUUGACAUCUUCUGAUCCUGGACAGUGGCCUGAUGUUCUUAAUGAUGGUGAAAAGAGUUCCCUGGUGAAAAAAGGUCCUCUUCAGGUUUCGGGCGGUGUUUCGGGCGGUGGAAGCAGACAGUACAUUUGGAUUCUUCUCAGCAGCAACAUGGAAGUACGACUGUUUUCAUUGACGUCCGCAUGUUUAGCUCUGAUCUCGUCUGUCCUGACCCUGGAUGUGGUGAUUCCUAAAGAUCAAUACGAGUUUGCUCGAGGAGACAACAUCACACUUCCCUGUAACUUCAAGAGCACACUGUCCGUGCUUCCUCUCGUCAUCAUCUCGUGGACGGCAGAAGGAGUGGACGAAGGAGAAGAUGUGCUGAUGCUGACGCACUACACACCCCCAGGGACGACUGACUACAAAAAUCAGUAUGAAGGCCGGGUGGAGUUAGACGCCAACGCAGCCACAGGAAAAGCAGAUCUGCGGCUUUCCUCCAUCACGCUGGAUGACAACAGACGCUUCGUUUGUCGAGUGCAAAUCCCCGGAGACGACGAGGGCACUCCGUCCGAUGUUGCUCGACUUGUGGUCCUCGUGGCUCCUUCUCCUCCCAUCUGUAAGAUCCAGGGCAAAGCUGAGUAUGGGCAGAACAUAAACCUGACGUGUCACUCCAAGGAGGGCUCCCCACCGCCCACCUACUCCUGGGAGGACCGGGACGUACGCAACAUGCCCCGGGUCAGGGACCCCCGGACCACAGACAAGGGAGGGAUCUUGGCCUUGUACAACAUCUCCAAAGAAACCUCCGGAUACUACACCUGCACGUCCAGAAACAAGAUCCGCUCUGCCUCCUGCAACAUCACCCUCACCGUCAUGCCACCAUCCAUGAUGGGCUCCGUGGGGCAGACGGCUGGGAUCGUCGCUGGAGCCGUGGCGCUGGUUAUCAUCCUCAUCAUCGUCAUCUACUGCUGCUGCUGCAAGAAGAAGGAGGAGAAGGGCGAAGAGUACACCAUGGGGGUGCAGGCGGAGGACGAUCGUGACAAAGAACCAAUUGAGAACGGCGAGCGGCGUGUGGUUCGAGACAACAAAGAGAGAGAGCGCCGUGACAUUGACCCUCCUCGCAGCGACUACGAUGAUCGUCGUAGCGACUAUGAUGAUCGUCGUAGCGACUACAAUGAUCGUCGUAGCGACUACAAUGAUCGGCGUAGCGACUACGACGAUGCCCGUAGCGAUUACGAUGAUCGCCGUAGCGACUACACUGACCGCCGCGAUCGCUAUGACGACGAUGACCGCCGCCCUGUCAGCAGAGACCGUCGCUAUGACGACGACAGACCUGCACCGCCGUUAAACAAACCUCCGAGACGAGACUACGACUGA